AUGAGCGCAGUCCGCUCCCCAUAUUCCCGCGCGGCGUGGUACAAUCGUUCCGCCCGAAUUGAGCCCGGACGAGACCACAUCUUCAGCCAAGUGGACGAAGAGAAGCACACAAAGCGUCGCCAGCAGAUGGCCGCCGGGUACUCCGGAAAAGAGAACACCGACCUCGAGCCCACAAUCGACAAGUAUAUCAACCAGUACACGUCGCUCAUCCGGAACAAGUACCUCUCCACCCCACGGCAACAUAGGACUAUGGAUCUUGCGCGCAAGACGCAAUAUCUCACUCUCGAUGUCAUCAGCGAUAUCGGCUUCGGGCAGGCCUUCGGCGACCUGGCUAACGACGCUGACAUGGAUUCGUACAUCGAGUCGACCGACGCCGUCAUGGCGAGCAUCACUAUGAUCCUCGCGAGCGGCCUGCUGCGCGUCGUCCAAUGGCCUCCCAUCGCGCGCCUGCUAGGUCCCAACGAGAAGAGCAAGUCCGGAUUCGGAAAGUCCAUGGCGACAGCGCGACGACUUAUCGACGACAGGCUGAAAUCCGAGACGGAUAGUAGGUCGGAUAUGCUUGCGGCUUUUAUGCGGCAUGGGCUGACGCGCGAGGACUUGUUUACUGAGGCGUGGCUGCAGAUUAUUGCGGGGAGCGAGACGACUGCUACGGCGAUACGGGGGACGAUGUUGUACGUUAUGUCGAAUGCUAGAGUGUACGCGAAGCUUCAGCGGGAGGUGGACGAUACGGUGGCGGGGGGUCUUGGGCCUGGUGUGGUGCCGGAUGGGGUGGCGAGGGAGCUUGUGUAUCUGCAGGCGGUGCUUCGAGAGGGGUUCCGCAUGCGGCCGCCGGUUACGGACAUUGUGCCUAAGAAGGUGCCUGCUGGAGGGGAUACGGUGGUUGUGGAGGGAAGGACGGUGUUUCUUCCUGGGGGGACUAAUGUUGGGUAUUCGGUGGAUGGGCUCAACAGCAGGAAAGACAUCUUUGGGGAGGAUGCGGAUUUGUUUCGCCCGGAGCGGUGGAUAGUCGACGAUACUAAUCAGGUCGCAGAGAUGAAGAAGACGACCGAGUUGAUCUUUGGGUAUGGAAAGUAUCAAUGUCUGGGGAAGAACAUUGCAUGGAUGGAAUACAGCAAGGCUGUCUUCGAGGUAUGCGCUUGUACUGAGGCAUCAGUGGGAACGAGCUGA